UUUUGCGCGCAGCCGCAGCCCUUGAGGUGAAGAUGGUGCUCAUCAAAGAAUACCGUGUGGUCUUGCCCUGCUCUGUUGAAGAGUACCAAGUGGGGCAGCUGUACUCAGUUGCAGAGGCCAGCAAAAAUGAGACGGGUGGCGGUGAGGGCAUCGAGGUACUGAAGAACGAGCCUUACGUGAAGGAAGGGGAGAAAGGACAGUACACACACAAGAUCUACCAUCUAAAGAGUAAAGUUCCCGCGUUUGUGAAGAUGAUUGCGCCGGAGGGGGCCCUGGUGUUCCACGAAAAGGCCUGGAACGCCUACCCCUACUGUCGAACCAUUGUGACGAAUGAGUACAUGAAAGAUGACUUCUUCAUUAAGAUUGAGACGUGGCACAAACCCGACUUGGGAGCACUGGAAAAUGUUCAUGGGCUGGACCAACCUAUAUGGAAGACUGUGGAGGUGGUUCCCAUUAACAUUGCUGACAAGGAGCAAGUGGCACCUGGUGACUACAAGGCAGAGGAGGACCCUGCAUUGUUCCAGUCGGUGAAGACAGGCAGAGGUCCUCUUGGGCCCAACUGGAAGAAGGAGCUGGUGACUAAGACUGACUGCCCACGCAUGUGCGCGUACAAGCUGGUCACGGUCAAGUUCAAGUGGUGGGGCCUGCAGAACAAAGUUGAGAGCUUCAUUCACAAACAAGAGAAGAGAAUCUUCACCAAUUUCCACCGGCAGCUUUUCUGCUGGAUUGACCGCUGGGUGGAGCUUACCAUGGAGGACAUCCGGCGUAUGGAGGAUGAGACACAGAAAGAGCUGGAGGAGAUGCGCAAGAAAGGCUCUGUGCGGGGUACGAAGGCUACAGAAGACUAACCCCACCCAUUUUAGGUCAGAGGCAGGCUGUCUCCGUAAGCAGGGUCAGGUCCGAGGCACCAGUGCUGCGAAUGACGAAUGAGGCAAAAAAA